UUUGCACGAAAUGAUUAAGAUCAGGUCUAGUCAGAUCUUUUAAUAGUCAGACAGUAGUCAUAAUAUUCCCACCUUCUUCUUGUGCCUGACUGCAUACCAGGAUUCCACACUGGGUAAUCGAACUUUCUGACUUUCGCAGACGUCGACGGGACUCGUGUACCUAACAGUUGGAUUAAUAAAGCUUUACCUUUAAGACCGGUUGUGCGAGGAGUUAUGCAUUAGUUGAAGAGGUAAUCGGUGUCUUGUGGAUUUUCGCUCGCACAGGUGUGACAAUUAUUAGAGGAAGAGAAAUAGCCGCCAUGAAUGUUGUGAUUUAACUUACUGAAGGACUGAUUUCAUCGCUGUGUCCAUCGCAGGAGCAGUUUGUGGGUAGGAUCAGAAAUGAUGCCUUGAAUGGUAGCCGUAUAGUUAUUUCAGUUGUCGCUACGGUGAAAUCUAUAAAGAUUGUUGUUUUUAUCUCUUCAUAUCAAUCUCCUUGUUUGAUUCUGUUCUUACCACCGGUCUACGGGUUAAUUGACACUUUCGGCUUGUUCUCUUGUGAAAUUAUAAUAAUCUAAUAAAGGAAAGUAUCGUUUUUGUUAAGCGCAGUACAAUUAAAAUUGAUAAACAUGAAUGGCAUGAAUGAAGAUGCUCCCAAAAACUCAUUUCAAGAUGUCGAAAUGAGGCCGACAUCGGCAAUGACGUCCGGCGUGAUUACAAGUACUUUGUCCGAAUACGACGUCGGCAACAGUACAGAUAUCAUGGUCGUCACGAUAGCUAUGAGGAACUCAACAUUACAUUCGACAUCGAAUGCCUCAACGACGAUGGACGUGUCAACGAUGAACCUUUCGACGUCGGGCCCGUAUAUUCCAGAUGAGUUCGUACUGCCUAAUCGAAUAUUCUUUGCUCCUUUGAUAUCGCUGACCCUCCUCAUCGGAAUCGUCGCGAACAUCCUUGCCAUCGUCGCCACGCGCCAUGCCAUCAGAAUCUACCGAACUCAUCGAAGUCGAAAAGUGACCAUUGCUAGCUAUUUAAUUCAAUGUCUCAUGAUGGUUGACCUCAGCGCCGUGGUCGUUUUCUUUGUACGCGGAAUGUUCUAUAAUUUGUACGAUGACGCAUAUUUCAAGUGCGACCUGAAUUCGGUGACAAAUUAUUUUUUCUCGUGGGCGGCGGGGUUCGUCAACGCCGUCAUGUGCUUCGAGCGGUGCGUGGCAUUGACCGCCCCGUUCUACUACCAUAGCAACGCGACCAUUACCAAGGCGAAAGUCGGCGUCAUCGUCGUACUCCUUCUCGCCUUCAUCACCGCGAUGCUACCUAUCUUCGGCUUCGGGUCGUACAAGGUCCUAAUCGCCGGCACCUACUACUGCAUCGGACCUGGAGAUUUCACUCUCGACGAGACGGGUUACGAUUACCACUUCGGCAUUCUCUUCCUUGUAACCGGCAUUGGUAUCCUCAUCUUCAUCCACACAUGCAACGUCAUCGUCAUAACGAAAAUAAUGGAGAUUCGAAGUCGAUCGCUGUCCUUGAGGAGACACAAAUCGAAAGACGCGAACGACGGGUUGAGUACGAAGUCGGCACGGUCGACGAAAGAGGAAACGUCGACGUUCGUGAAUGGGACAAUUGAAACGACGUCGUCGAGUAGCAUGGCUGGGAAUAACGAUGCCGUUAAUGGUGAAGUUGGGCAUCGUUCACCUUUACGUGGUGGCCGACGACCUCGGGUGAAGAAGCCAGGGAAGACAGAGAUCAACGUCGCCAAGCAGAUCAUCGUUAUCUCCAUCGUAUUCACCAUCUCCUGGUUGCCAUUCUAUGUAAGUAAUUUAGAUAAUUUCCCGAAACUUCAUAGGACCAAUUUAUUGAUUUAUCAAAAUAUAUAAACGUUAUCGAAACUUACCAUGCAAUGACAUGGCAAUAUGUGCCGUGGCCGAGUGGUUUAAGGCGCCUGACUAUAUACAUGUAAAGUCCGGGGUUCGAUCCCCGGCCGCGGCAUCUAUGCCCGUGAGCAAGGUAUUUAAUUGACAAUGCUCUUUUAUCCUGCAUUUAAAAAUUAAUUAGUGAAAAUGCUAUACGCAUUCUUGGUAUCUGGGUGUACACUUGUUUAAUUUUUUUUUUUAAUGGCAUGGAUUUGUGUCGUUGCGGGUUGGUGUACCAGGUCACACUGUUAAAAUAACUUAUAACAGUAGUUUAAACAUUUUAAACAAGUGUUUAAAAUCUUAAACAACAAAGUUUAAAUUCAAAUAUUUAAUUAUCAAUAAUCUAAGCAUGGUUGUUUAAGAUUUUAUACACUUGUUUAAACUGUUUAAACAACUACUGUGCGAUUCACAUAGUAAACAGCGUUGUUUGAAUUAUUUCUAACAGUGCACGCACGCCCUUUUCAUAUCAAACCAUGUUACUAUUUCCAUAAUUAAGGUUUUGGGCCAUAUACUUCUUUUUUCCAGUCAUCAUUUUCCCCAAUUAAUUCAACAUUCAUAAAAAAAAAACGUAUGGAGUCUUCAUGCUCAUCGUAUCUUUCUUUGUCUGAAUUCAUACAUUUGGACAGCUCUUCACUAGCUAUAAAAUUAAAUAAUUCGUAAUUGGGGGAAUUUUGGGGCACCUUGCACUCCAGAAAGAAUCAAAGAAUCUACGAUUCUACGUUGGACUGCCUGAUUUAACCACUUUGCUUCCGACAACUUAACUAUAAAGCAAAUUGUAUAUCGAUUAUUUCAUCUGGUCAUAUUCUAAGGGUUUUUAUCCGUGAGUGAUUGUUAUUUUAUGAUGGCUUCCGCAAUUUCGAAAACUACAAUUGUCUUCAUUCGUGUUAGCUAUGGUUUUCUCCAUGCUAUAACAAGGAGAAAUCUGGACACAAUGGAAAAUAAAAUCUAACAUAUCACGUUGUCUGGAUGAUCAUGCACAAUAUACCCUGAAGUUACGAUAUGAAAGUAAAUAUGAAUUCUGCCAACUGAAAUGAACUGAGGUUUAGACCACUGGUAUUUAGAUUGGUCUAUAGUAUCAGGAAAUUACAGUAGACCCUCGUAAUGUAAAUUGACUCUGCACUUUGUUGAAGCAAGAUUGAAGGUCAUAAUAGUUGUUCCUGUGGAACUAUGCAAUUUCCUUUUUGAUAAAUAGUAAUUAAUGCAUAUUCGAAUGAAUUCACCAUGCUUUGUGGCAAUUUGCUCAUUCAUCGUGACAGUUUUUUUUAUUCAUGACUUCACUUGCUUCGAAACGCAUCGAUAUUGCGUUGUGGGUGGCUCUGUUGUUAUGUAUGUGCCGUGGUUACCAUGGUUUCAUACCCCUACGUAUAAGAGCUCGAUGGAGCCUGAUCAAGCACGUCUCCGAAGGGGGUGUACGGGGUAGUCGUGCCCCCCUGUUUUCACUGAAAUAGCGCCCCCCCCCCCUCCAUCACAAAUAGUAUCUUAAUUAUGUUUUUUUCUACUAGAUUGCAAACUUGGUGACCCUAACACCAUGCAUUGCGAUUUCGUGGGAUUUAUUUUUUGUCCCACAUGGCGAACGGGGGGCGGGGUUGGCACGUUACCCAUCCCACCUACCAAUUCCUUGCCAUGCGCUACGAUUCCGUGAGAUUUUAGGUCCCUUUUGGAGGGCACCACGUCCACCCCUCCCCCCAACGGGAUGGUCGACCAUGCUUAGCCUAUAUAUCCCCUCGUAGACAUAGUUAAGAUAACAAAAACUCCUUUACCCUGUCCAUUUAUCCCGAGCAAGUUGCCUCUAGACUUUAGUUAUCCCAUGCACAUAACCAUGACUAUCUUACAAAAUAGGCCUAUAAUAGGAAAUAGGAAGUCAUUAGAUCAGAAGUCAAUAUCCUUCCUAUUCAUUAGUUUGCGGAAUCAAACCCGUUUUAAACACGCUAAUAUGGUCUGAGUGUUCAGACUACCGGGGCUGAAUUGGAUCUUGUACUGUAUCUGUCUCGAAACCAGGUAACUUCUUGUGCAAGCUAUAUUGAUGAUAUUAGCAAGUGAGAAUGGUGCUAGACUUGACCCGUGGUCCUCUCGGCGAUUGAUGUUUCAAUUAGGGUCUGUUUGGUUGCAGACUAUAUACCUAUCAGUUUAAAUGGUAUAUCGAUUGAUAUGUUCAGACUUUGUUUUCAUAUUUAUUUCGUAUCUAUUUUUAUUUAUUUAUUGGUAUAUACAUAAGAGUUGAUCAGCAGCACAUAUACUGAAAAGGUCAAUUCACAAAAAAUCAUGAAUUACAAUAUAACAAAGCAAAUAGAGAGUCUAUAUAAACCUAGCCAAUAUUAGGCAAUCAGUAAAUUUGCAUGUUUGUUCGGUGAAAAGAUGUUUCCACGGUAUAAUAAAUUCGCAACGUAUUAACUUGGCACUGUCUUCGGUUACAUUUAACCAAACAAACCUUCUUUACACAUUAAUUGGGUAAACGGUUUUAGAGAUUGUACAUAAUAAUACAAAAGAGAAUUCGGCAUGAGGAUUCAAAUUCAUUGAAAUAAAAGGUAAAAUAAUUAAAAUGUGGCAUUCUAACUUUUUUCAUUUUCACCAAAGAAGUGAUCAUAGUGAUAGGCCCAUGCAAACUGAAAACGAGCGUUAUUUUUUGAGUGAGUAGAUAACUGAAAACGUCACACUUUUUCUUUUUUCUGCUUUUCUUCCCUCAAAUUCAUCCUUAUCCUUAAGUCCUCAUUAUCCUUUCAAUCAACUUAUGUUGUUGUUGUUGUCUGUUUGUUUGGUUGGUUUUUUUUUGCUGGGCCCUCCGCUUCAGCUUUUCCCUAUCAUCAUGAUCAUCUCAAUCUUAAUCUUAAUAUUAAAUCUUAAUCUUCUUCUUCGCAAUGACCAUUAUUUUCCUUCUCCUUUUAAUUGUCAUUGGUUUUUUUUUUAUUCCUUUCUCUGGAUAAAAGCGACUGAAUCAUACUUUAAAACAACACCAUUGGUUUUUUUUCAACGCGAUUAGAUUUUUUUGUGUUUUCUAGUAGUAUCCAUGGUCAUACUGUCAUUGUUUCAUAUUGCAUUGGGUUUAUAUUUUAUCGAUCUGGGGUCCGUUGCAAAAAGAGUUGCGUUUAAACGCAAGUAAAAAAAUCAAUCGCAAGUCCAAAAUGCGCGCUGUUGAUUGGUUGAAAAUCAAGUUGCGCAUGAUUUUUAGAGUUGCGUUUGAUUGCAACUCUUUCUGCAACGGACCCUGUCAUAUAUUUGUUUUCACAAGAAUUUACCCCAAAAAUAUUUAUCAUUGUUUUGUGGUAAAUCUAUAACCUUGACCACACGUGACUAUAUAAUUCUCUGUGGUAUCGUAUAUACCAUUACCAUCAAGGAUGGCUGUAAUAAUAAACAAUAGCCACUUGUAAUAAUAAUCUGUCUAUUGAUCAUAUUGCAUUAAGUAUAUUAUCGUCUGGGUUGUUAUACAAUAUUUACUAUUCCUAUUUUUAUUAUCGUAGUUAUUUUCAUAUUUGAUUUUUAUUGUUUUAUUGGCCUCAUUAUACCAGUCGUAGUAGUAGUAGUAGUAGUAGUAGUAGUAGUAGAAGUAGUAGUAGUAGACGAAGAAGAAGAAGAAGAAGAAAAAGAAAAAGAAAAAGAAGAAGAAGAACUGAAAAAAUAAUGGUAGAUUUUUUUCUUGUGAAGUAAUUUUAAAUAAUAACUUUGAAUUCAAAAUUAGCCAAAGGAGAUGAAAUAUAUUUUUCGGUGUUCCAAUUUUGAUAAAAAGGGAGUGAUGUUUGUUUUUCCCCGAUAAAAUGUUUUCAUUUUCAGUCUCUAUUUCACUUCAUUUUCAUAUUCAUCAUAAAUUGUAAUACAAAAGAUAUUUUGUACAACUGUGCCCAUCUCCUCCUCACCCCCUUCCCGUCUAAAAUUUAAACUUGAAUCAUUAUUUCAUUAUUUUUAUCAAAUAAAAUGGUUUGUUUCCCUUACUUCAGGUGGAAUAAUUCGUCAUAUAAGUAUAUCAGUUGAUUAAAUUUCCUUGAAAUUUUGUUUCAAGUUAAAGUUUACUCCCAGUCAUGCAAAACAUCAUACUAUAUCAUGAUGAUCGUCAACUUCCCUUGUCAUGGUGGCCCCCGCGUUGGCCUUUUCGUACUGACGACAUUUCCUAUACAACUUCCGUGCUAUCCAUUUUAGGUGUUGUUUUACAGAUGUUUUGCGACCGCACUAAUUUUUUUGUUGGCCCACUUCAGCCAUAAUGAUGAAAAUUGUAUAUUUUUUGUCAUUAUUUUCCGCAUUUUAAAUUCAUAACAUUUCGUCCCUUCUGUACACUGUAUAAUAGAAAAUGAAAACUGAAUUGUAUUUUUUUUCUUUUGUAUUUUUUAUCCUUGUAAAAUUGAAGAUUUGUUUAAUGUAGAAAUGAAAUAUGGGAUUAUUGUGUUAGUCAUCGCAGAAAAAAAAUUGUUUCAACUGUCUUAAAAAAAAAACAUCCCCAUGUUUUUUUCAACAAGACGUUACUCUAAACGAAAAUAAGUUUCUUGAAGAACCUAUCCAGAUUGAAAAUUUUAAAGAAAUUGCUCUUGUCUAAAGGCCAAAUGGCGAACUGAACAAAAAAGGAUGUGAAUGAUUGAAGAAAACACAAGUCAAAUAAAUAUAAAUCUCAAUAGUUCAACAGAAUCAGAUAUAAUGUCACAAUUUUCAUGAAAAGUGAUAUGAAUAACGCAGGCCGUAUACGAACGAAAGAGUCUCUGAUACCAUUCAAUCGCUGCUGCUGUCCCCUGAUAAAAAGAAAGCAACUCUGAUGUUUGUUUUUUAAAGAAAAAAACCCAGAAAAUUGUUGAUUUAAAUCGAUAAAGAAAAUUCAGACAAGCAUAACGCUGCAAAUUUCAUCAAAUUCGGAUGUAAAAUAAGAAAGUUAUGGCAUUUUAAGGUUUCGCUUAUUUUUCACGAAACAGUUAUAUGCACAACUCAGUGAUAUGCAAAUGAGAGUCGAUGAUGUCCCUCACUCAUUAUUUCUUUUGUUUUAAUUAUACAAUAUUUCAAUUUUUACAGAUCUGACAAUAAGGACCAACUUAACUUAUCCAUAAACUGUUAACAUAUAGUGGUAAUUCCACAUGUUCAGGGAGGAAUAAAAUUUGGUUUCACAUGUCAAUUUAGGAGAAAAUUAGAAUUUUUCAUAUUUCUUAUAAUGAUGUACAAAAGAAAUAAAAAGUGGAUAACGUCAUCAGUCUGCUCAUUUGCAUACCAACCAGAAUGUGCAUAUAACUGUUUUGUGAAAUUAAGAGAAACUUUAAAAUGUCAUAACUUUCUUAUUCAACAUCUGAUUUUGAUGAAAUUGUUAAUGUUAUACUUGUUGGAUUUUUCUCCUUUUAUUCAAAUCAAGUUUGGGAUAGACUUGUCCUUUAAAUUGACUCUUUAUUUUUAACCUAUUUUACAAGACGGAAUAACAUUUAUUCACAUUGUUUUAUAUUUGAUCUUAAUGUUCUCGAAAUUCUCUAUCAUCAAAAUGUCACACUAUCAUGCUAAAAUAAUUGUAUUUUUUACUUUUUUUCAUGAGAAGUAAUAUAAAUGUUUUCUAUUAUUGGAGAAAGAAUGAAAACAACCAAUAUAUUUUAAUGCAAUUCUCUAAAGGAAGCUUUGCAGUUAUAUAAUAUAUCGUUUUACUUUUAUUUUUAUUCAAAUUACUUGAUAUUAGGGUGGAAUUUCGACCUUUAGAGGUAACAAAAAUCGUGUUUCCCAUUUCUAAUCUUUUCUGUUUUUUAUGUACAUGUCCCCCCACCCCCCACC